AUGCGCCGCCUCCACCUCGCCGCCGCCGUCCUCGCCGUCUUCCUCCCCCUCGCCGUCUCCGCGGCCGGGGGCAAGGCAGCGGCAGCGGCAGCUAAGGCGCCCGUUGGCCCGCCGGCCCCGCCGAACAUCACGGCGGCGAUGGCCAAGGGCGGGUGCAAGGCGUUCGCGGCCCUGGUGGCGGCCUCGCCGGACGCGCACUCCACGUUCCAGUCGGCCGGGGACGGCGGCGUGACGGCCUUCUGCCCCAGCGACGACGCCGUGAGGUCCUUCAUGCCCAGGUACAAGAACCUCAGCGCCGACGGCAAGGCGUCGCUGCUGCUGUUCCACGCCGUGCCCGUGUACUACGCGCCGCGGAGCCUCAAGUCCAACAACGGCGUCAUGAACACGCUCGCCACCGACGGCUCCGCCAACAACUUCAACUUCACGGUGCAGAACGAGGGCGAGCAGGUGACCAUCAAGACGGACGCCUCUGACCACGCCGCGCGGGUCAAGUCCACCGUCUACGACAAGGACCCCAUCGCCAUCUACGCCGUCGACACGGUGCUCGAGCCGGUGGAGCUCUUCGAGCCGGCGGACUCCCCGGCGCCGGCGCCGGCUCCCGCCCCUGUCGCGGACGCGCCCAAGGCCCCCAAGAAGCAGGCGCGCCACCGGCCUGUAGCGGACGCGCCCGGACCGGCCGCCGAGGACGCGUCGCCCGCCGACCAGAGGAAGAAUUCUAAGAAGAGCGCGGCGUCCGCCGCCCCGUGUCUGCCAUGGGCCGCAGUCCUGCCUGUCGCCGUGGCCGUGGCCGCCGCUCUGGCAUAG